CGCGUUUUGGUUUGUCCCUGCGCGCGCUCCGUACCCCGGAAGUGAGCGUAAACACGUGGGUCACAGCGAACAGCGGCUCAGUGUAAAUAUCUGGGGUUUUUGUGGAUUUUAAGCUCUUUUGUUGAAGAUUAUGAGGUCAAAGUUUUAUUGACACGUGGACAGAUCUGAACGAGGUCAAUGCGAAUCAGAAACUUUGAAAAACGAGCUGGUUUCUUCUGUUAACAGCGUGAAAAGUUUCCAGGAGAUUCCAGGAUGCCGUCUCAGAAGAAGCAGGAUGAUGACGAGCGGUUCUCGCGCGUCCAGAGAGACCCGCGCUUCUGGGAAAUGCCCGAAAAACAAAACAAAGUGAAGAUCGACAAACGCUUUAGGUCCAUGUUCCACGACGAGAGGUUCAGAGUGAAGCAGACGGUCGACAAACGUGGACGCCCGGUUCAACACAGCACCAAGGAGGACCUGAGGAAGUUCUACCAGCUUUCAGAGUCUGAGGAGGACGAGGACAAGGAGGACGAGGACAAGGAGGAGGAGGACAAGGAGGAGGAGGACGACGACAAACACAAAAAGAAGACUAAACCUGGACGUUCUGCAGAAGAUGAAGACGGUGAAGACGAGGGCGUGUCUGAGGACGAUGAAGACGACUCGGGACAGGACUCGGACUCUGAGGGGUCAGAUCCGGGGUCAGGGUCGGAUUCUGAGGACUCGGGUCCGGACUUGGCUCGUGGCAAAGGGAACGUGGAGACGAGCUCUGAGGAAGACUCCGAGGAUGAGGUGGACGCCAUUUUGAGACGAGAGGAAGAGGAGAUCGAGCACGACUGGGGCAACCUGUGCAAAGACGCGCCGCGCACCGAGCAGGUUUCUCGUCGUUUGGCCGUGUGUAACAUGGACUGGGACCGGAUCAAAGCCAAAGACCUGCUGGCCCUGCUCCAGUCCUUCUGCCCUAAAGGGGGCGCCGUGCUCUCGGUCAAGAUUUUCCUGUCUGAGUUUGGGAAACAGCGUCUGCAGCAGGAGCAGAGCGAAGCCCCGCGGGAGCUCAGGGCUCUGCCGGAGGAUUCAGAGGACGACACGGAGGAGGAAAAGCAGUACCGUGAGCGCAUGCGUCAGUACCAGUUCCGUCGUCUGAAGUAUCACUACGCCGUGGUGGAGUGCGACCGCCCGGACGUGGCCGCCCACAUCUACAACGAGUGCGACGGGUUUGAGUACGAGAGCAGCGGGUCUGUGCUGGACCUCAGGUUUGUUCCUGAUGACGUGUCGUUUGAGGAGGAGCCUAAAGACGUUUCCACUGACGUGAAUCUGUCGUCCUACAGCCCCAAACUCUUCAGCUCCAGCGCCGCCUCCUCCUCCAAAGUGCAGCUGACGUGGGACGAGACGGAUCACGAGCGCGUCACGACUCUAAACAGGAAGUUCAACAAAGACGAGCUCCUCAGUCUGGACUUUAAGGCUUAUUUGGCCUCCUCCAGCGAAGAAGAGGAGGGGCAGGAAGAGGAGGGACCAGGGGAGGAAGAGGAGGAGCCACAACAGGAAGAGGAGAAGAGAGACGAGGGCGGUGACCAGAGUGAACGCUCUGCUCCAGAGAAAAGGCCAAAGAAACGCAGCGAGGAGCAGAUCCACAAGUACAGACAGCUCCUGCAGGGCAUCCGAGCUAAAGAGGAGAAGGACCGAGACAGGGAGGGCGGCAUGGAGGUCACAUGGGUCCCAGGUCUGAAGCAGAGCGCGGAGCAGAGGCUGCAGAAGCGUCUGGAGGCGUCAGACACAGUCGGACCAUGGGAGCAGUAUCUACAGAAGAAGAAAGAGAAGAAGAAGGAGAAGAAGAGAGGGAGAAAGAACCAGGACUCAGAGGCUGGACUCAGUGAUGAUGAACUUCCCUCAGAUGUGGAUCUGAACGACCCGUUCUUCAAAGAGGAGCUCUCUGCAGCAGAUGUGAAGAAGAGCCAGAAGAAAAAAAAGGAGAAGAGGAGGAGAGCAAGUGAUGAAGAAGAGAAGGACACAGAGGAGGAGAGGAGACAAAGAGCUCAGAUGGAGCUGCUGAUGGGGGAGGAGCCUGACGAGGAGAAACACAAACACUUCAACUUCGACCGAAUCGUAGAACAACAAAACCUGAGCAAGAGCCAAAGAAAAAGACUCAAGAAGCAAGGACUGGAGCCCGAGGACGACGGCUUCCAGGUGGACCUGUCAGAUCCCAGGUUUCAGGCCGUCUUCACGUCGCCGCUGUUUCACUUGGAUCCGUCGAAUCCGAACUUCAGACAAACCGAAGGAACCCAGCGCCUCCUGCAGGAGAAACAGCGCCGCCGCGAGGACACACAGGGAGCACAGACUCUGGGCUCCAGUAAGACCUCACCUGCGACGGUCUCCACGGCAACGGCGUCACCCGGCACCACGGCGACCGCAUCCUCUGUCACCACGGCAACCGCAGCGACCGCCUCCACAAAGAGCAGCCUGGACCCGGGACUGUCGCAUCUCGUCAAGUCUGUCAAAGCGAAGACCCAACAGCAUCAGGCCCGGAAGAAUCGACCACAGUGACCCGGGACCUCUGCAUUU